AUGCGCCGGCACAAGCGAUGGCCUUUGCGGCCUCUCGCCAGUGCUUUGGUUCGUUCGCACUUCUCCUCCUCGGCGGCGGAGACAGUCACUGUUUCGACGGCUACGGCGGCGGCGACGGGGGCUUUCCCGUUGAAGCACGUGACGAGGUCGAACUUCGAGACGACGCUGGACGAUCUGCGUUCACAUGUGAAGGCUGCUGAUUUCGUGGCGAUUGACCUUGAGAUGACUGGCGUGACGAGCGCUCCGUGGCGAGACUCCUUGGAGUUCGACCGCUACGACGUCCGAUACCUCAAAGUCAAAGACUCCGCCGAGAAAUUCGCCGUCGUUCAGUUCGGCGUCUGUCCAUUUCGCUGGGAUUCCAGCACUCAGUCAUUCGUUUCUCACCCGCACAAUUUCUUUAUAUUUCCUCGUCAAGAGCUCACCUUUGAUCCACCAGCUCAUGAGUUUCUCUGCCAGACGACAUCCAUGGAUUUCCUUGCAAAGUAUCAAUUUGAUUUCAACGCCUGCAUACAUGAAGGGAUAUCUUAUUUGUCCAGACGACAAGAGGAAGAGGCAAGUAAGCGCCUAGAAACGCUUUACGACGAGGAGGGCGUCGAUUCAGUGGUUGAAACAGAGGAUCUAAAGUUGGUGCGAUUGGCGGAUCUUCUUUUCUCUGAAAGGAUGAAGAAGAAGCUGAAUGCUUGGCGCUCUGAGCUCUUACAUGGAGGGAACGCAUCCUCUGUUGAGUCUCCGGGGAUCUCAAACGGGUCGACACAGAGUGCUGAAACUGUAUUCUAUCACAUGCGUCCAGCUCUCAGUCUAAAGGGUUUCACUUCUCAUCAGCUCAAAGUUAUUAAAUUGGUUUUAGACAAACAUUUUGGAGAUCUUGUGUACAUACAUACGAGUGAUAAAAGUUCAUGUUCACAGGACUUUGUUGUGUACACUGAUUCAGAAUCCGACAAGGAAAAUCUCAUGAAGGAGGCCAAGGAUGAACGCAAGAGAGUAGCAGAAACAAAAAUACAAUCUGCAAUCGGGUUCCGUCAAGUGAUUGAUCUGCUUUCUUCGGAGAAAAAGUUGAUUGUUGGUCACAAUUGUUUCCUGGAUAUCGCACAUGUAUACAGCAAAUUCGUGGGUCCUCUUCCUUCAACGCCUGAGAAAUUCGUCGCCUCCAUUAACAACCACUUCCCUUUCAUUGUUGACACGAAAAUACUCUUGAACGUGAACCCAAUGCUUCAUCAGAGGAUGAAAAAGUCCAGUACAUCACUAUCCUCUGCGUUCUCUUCGUUAUGUCCACAAUUCGAGUCUUCAUCGCGAAGAUCUGACUCGAUUCUUCAGCAGCGUGUCGAGAUUGACGUUGAAGUAGACAACGUCAGGUGUUCUAACUGGAACGCAGGAGCAAAACACGAAGCCGGUUACGAUGCUUUCAUGACAGGUUGCAUCUUCGCGCAGGCAUGUAGUCAUCUAGGGUUCGACUUCAAACAUCAUUCGCAGUCAGAGAACUUUGCCCAGAACGAGAAACUUGACAAGUACAUCAACCGUCUUUAUCUCAGCUGGGCAAGAGGCGAUAUCAUCGACCUUGGAACAGGCCAUAGUAAUGCAGAGAACUGGCGAGUCUCGAAGUUUAAAUACGAGAACAUCGUCCUCAUCUGGAACUUCCCACAAAAACUCAAGGCUAGAGAGAUAAAAGAAUGCCUCUGCAAAGCCUUUGGCUCGACUUCUGUCACUUCUGUUUACCACUUGGACAACACUGCGGUUUUCGUCUUGUUCAAGAAUUCGGAGCUUGUUUCGAACUUUCUAAAGCUCAAGCAGCAGCUGGAGUCAGAUGAUGGUCCGGUCACGAUCAUACACCCUCUCUCCAAGAUCCUUGAAGGAGGGACCACCGGCGCUGCAGACUACGAAGCCUACAAAGAGAUUUGCAGCUCAAACAUCUCAAAGAUCCUAUUCUCUGACCAAGCUGAAACAGUUGGUGUCAGAUCAAGAACAAGACCCGACCCAAUAGGCCCGACAAGCCCUGAGACUGAGAGAAUAGAGAAAAUGGUCGCUGUGACUAACAGUGCAUCCGAUUUGAUCGAUGCUUUUUUGGCAAAUAGAGUUGAAGUCGAAGCUGCUAGGACUAGUUAA